AUGGGGGAGAACCCCUGGAAGGACCCCUGUCUUAUCCACCGCGAGGCUCCAGUUGGGAGAGUGAAGGUUCUCUUUACGAGAGGCUCUGGAGUUGGUAUUUAUUACCCUGCUUUUCUGCACUCCGAGAGCUCAGAACGGAGGGAGGCAAGCGUCGCAGAGCCUCCGUCCAGAUUCAGGGAAGGAGUCCUCAUUGCUCUCGGAUUAAGGGAUGCUGAUAGAAAUUUCAUUUGGAAUCAUUUUUCAUGGGGAGGGGGGAGAGUUUCUGGAGGAUUUGCUGACAUCCCUUCUUUCUCCCUUGUCUUUCACUCCCAGCUCCUUCCAGAGUGUUAUGGAUUAUGUUUUCUGUGUUUACAGGACAAGAAGGGGCUUUCCGGGAAACAGAAUAAUUUUGAGCGCAAAACCGUGUAUCAGAGGCAAGUCAGGGCACCCAGUUUGCUGGCCAAAAGCAUUUUAGAAGGCUACCGCCCCAUUCCAGUGGAUACUUAUGUAGGAGGAACCUUACCUCUGCCUCCCCCAGUUAGUGACAGGAUGAGGAAAAGAAGAGCCUUUGCCGAUAAGGAGUUGGAAAACAUAAUGCUGGAGAGAGAAUAUAAAGAGAGGGAAAUAUUGGAAACUUCCCAAGCUGCUGCCUUGUUCCUGCCCAACCGCAUGGUUCCUGGUCCUGAAUACAAUGCCUACAAAAAUGCCUACAGCCCCACUCCAGGGGAACCACCAAGCAAGGACUUCUGCAACUUUUUACCCACCUGCCUUGAUCUGACCAUGCAGUAUUCAGGGUCUGGAAAUAUGGAACUUAUUUCUUCCAAUGUCAGUGUGGCCACAACUUACAGACAGUAUCCCUUGUCCUCACGAUUUUUCGUGUGGCCCAAGUGUGGCCCCAUUAGUGACACCUUCCUUUACCAGCAGUGCCUGCUCAAUGCUACCACCUCAGUGCAAGCCCUGAAACCUGGGACGGGCUGGGACUUAAAGGGAGCCCAAGUCCAUGAGGGACUUGGUGCAGAACACGACCCGAUGCCACUGAAAUUGGAAGGCUCUCUGGUGCUGCCUCCCACUCCUGAGGUCCAGACCUCUAGAAAUGACCUUCAGGGUCACCCGGCUGUCCCUGAGAGGUCUGCAUUCUCCCCACCCCGACGGAAUUUCUCACCAAUUGUUGACACGGACUCCCUGGCAGCUCAAGGACACAUCUUAACCAAGAUCAGCAAAGAAAACACUAGGCACCCUCUGCCACUUAAACAUAAUCCAUUCCACUCAUUACUCCAACAGACGCUUAAUGACAAUUCAGGACCUGAGUUGAAAACACCAUUUGUCAAAGAGGCCUUUGAAGAGACCCCUAAGAAACACAGAGAAUGUUUAGUCAAGGAGAACCAGAAGUACACAUUUACAAUAGAUAGAUGUGCAAAAGACCUUUUCGUAGCCAAACAAGUUGGAACAAAACUGUCAGCGAAUGAACCGCUGUCAUUUUCCGUUGAGUCUAUUCUUAAGAGGCCUUCAUCUGCCAUCACUCACGUCUCUCAGUGAAAGGCUGCUUAAACAGAAACCUGGAUUUUUUGCAGUCUCAGAGGGUUCUUGCCAUUCCCUAAUUUUUUUUUUUUAAAAA